UGAGUGUUCGGAAAAGUGUUUCUUCUACUGUUUAAUGAAAGGAAAACCAGAGUGGUGACUUGCUUCCAUCGUCGUUAUUUGUGCUUUAAUUGUCGUCAUGGCUUCAGUCGCAUCACCGCCUGAACUCUUCUCCACGCUGUAGGCAGGAUGUCAAGCUAAACGCAACAAACGGACAACUUCAGCGCCUUUUCAGCAUGGAGGUGUCCGCUUCACAGCCUCGUUGUUUGGCGGCUCUGCUUCUGUGGACCACUUUGUGUUUGCACAGUAGGGGUCAGUGUGCACCUGGCGCCUCGGGCCUGCCUCUCGCCAUCCGUUUGCCACUGCGGCAAGCCGCGGAACAGACACCUGCCGCGGCCUCCAGCCGCGAGCGCGGCGGCGCCACCGCGACGCGGAGGCGGAGAAGCGCGGCAGCGAGCGGCAUCAGCUUCGUGGACAUGAUCGAUAACCUGCGAGGGAAGUCUGGCCAGGGCUACUACGUGGAGAUGGCCGUGGGGUCUCCUCCACAGAAGCGUCAACGCACUCUACUAACUCUCUUCCUCUUGUUCUCUGUUUACCUGCAGCAAUACCUGCGGCCAGUAGAGGAUGUGGCCUCGGCACAGGAGGACUGCUAUAAAUUUGCAGUGUCUCAGUCCAGCACCGGUACAGUCAUGGGAGCUGUUAUCAUGGAAGGCUUCUAUGUGGUAUUUGACCGUGAGAAGAAACGCAUCGGCUUCGCUGUCAGCACUUGUCACGUGCAUGAUGAGUUUCGGACAGCAUCUGUGGAGGGCCCAAUCCAUGGCGCCGACCUGGAGGACUGUGGCUAUAACAUCCCCCAGACAGAUGAGUCCAUGCUUAUGACGAUUGCUUACAUCAUGGCGGGAAUCUGCGCUCUCUUCAUGCUGCCGUUGUGUCUCAUGGUGUGUCAGUGGCGCUUCGCCCGCUGCCUCAACCCUCACGGCGACUUUGCCGAUGACAUAUCCCUCCUAAAGUGAAAGGGCAGAAAAGAGGACAGAGGGAAACCUACACUUGAAGCAAAGGACAGACAUGGAUUGUGGUAUUUUGUGUUGUUGGAUAUUCAGUGUCACUACAUGCUGCUAGAAGACAGCUCUGGGAAAAAAAAAUCAG